GCUGACUGCCAGCCUCUCUCUCUCUCUAGCUCUCGCUCUCUCUCUCUCUCUCUGCAGAUGAGAAAUGCCUCAGAAAAAACCCUUUUUGUUUCCACCAUCUCCAGGGAGAAUGAUGUGAUCAUGGGGAUGAUCUAUUGUGUGGUUGGUGUUCUCUCUCUGCUCGGAAACUGUGUUCUGCUCUUAGUGGCGUAUCGCAAGAAGUACUCCCUGAAACCAGCAGAGUUCUUCAUCGUCAACCUGUCUCUAAGUGACCUUGGAAUGACCUUGACACUCUUCCCACUGGCUAUCCCUUCCGCCUUCUCACACAGGUGGCUGUUUGAUGAUGUCGCCUGUCAAUACUAUGCUUUCUGUGGUGUUCUCUUUGGAGUCUGUAGCCUUACCAACCUCACUGUGCUCUCCUCUGUCUGCUGCCUCAAAGUGUGCUACCCAUCCUACGGUAAUAAGUUCUCAUCAGCCCAUGCCUGCCUCCUGGUGGCGGGUGUGUGGUGUUACGCCUCGAUCUUUGCAGGAGCUCCUUUGGCAAAGUGGGGUCAUUACGGGCCAGAGCCAUAUGGCACAGCCUGCUGCAUCGGCUGGCAGGCGCCCAACAAUGAGUUGUCCGCCAUGACCUAUAUUGUGUCUCUCUUCGCCUUCUGCUACAUUGUGCCCUGCACCAUCAUCUUCACCUCCUACACCUUCAUCCUGCUGACUGUGCGGGGUUCACAACAGGCUGUCCAGCAGCACAUCUCCCCUCAGACCAAGACCAGCAAUGCCCACAAGCUCAUAAUCAAGCUCUCAAUUGCAGUAUGUAUUGGUUUCCUGACAGCCUGGAGCCCGUAUGCGGUGGUGGCAAUGUGGGCGGCAUUAGGAGACGCCACGCGGGUUCCACCUAUGGCGUUUGCCAUCGCUGCCAUCUUGGCCAAGUCCUCAACCCUCUACAACCCUGUGAUCUACCUUCUCUUCAAACCCAACUUCCGCAAGUUCCUGUGCCACGAUGCUGUUCACUGCCGACAGCGUCUGUGUGCCCAGCUAUGCUGCUGCGAGCGGCCGGUAGUGCAGAAGGAGGCUUUGCGGAACAAGGAAUUCAGCAACUCCACGCGUCUCUCUAACGGGCUGCCUGAGAACCACACCACCUGCCGGCACUGGCCAGACACUGGACUGAAAAAGGCACCUCCGCUACACAGGACUGCCCGUGUUCUCACUACAGCCACACAAUCUGAGGCGCCGGUCACCCAGCUCACCUACGAACUCCACAAGGAAAUCCUCUAGGAGUCAGAGAUGAGAACGUAACUGAAAGAUUACAAAGGUGGUUAAGAGAUAACCAGGUGGGCUGGCCAGGCAGUUUUUGCCGUGGACCAUGUCUCGGGUUGAUAAAACCAGUGUGGAUGUGGGGUGGAUUUUGUACUUGCCUCCCAGUCUCAAAGAAUGUUUAGUUUCCUGCAGCUUUUUGUCAUGAGCCAAUUGAUUCUUUGAUUUACCACAAAAGAAACUGAAACGAGCCAAGCAGAACAAUGACUACCAGGGUCAACUCGGUGACAGUGCGAUCUGGGUUUUUCAAAUUAACAUGGGGAUUUAAAUCCCCACUGAACACUGUAAUCUGUUUUAGGAAUAAAUAAAAUAGGAAUUCAUGGUGACCCUUAACCAUAUUGACAAUGUUGUGGCAGUCCUUUGUGGGGUUUAGUUUGAGUGCCAGUUACCAGCUGUGCUUGAGCAGCAGCCAGCAACACGGAUCAUGCAGGGUAAUUAAUAAAGAAAUUAAUAAUCUUCCAUUUAAAUACCACCGUUAUCAGACACUGAUGCGAGCAGUGGGUGGUGGAGGAGAAAACUCCUUGAAUCAAACACUCUAGCCCAGGCACUAAGUGAUGGGUUCAAUAAAAAAAUAAAAAUAAAAAAACACAGCUUAAUAUCGCUGUCACGCCGCAGAGAACACUAAAACCCUUCAUUCUUAUCCCUUCUUUUGCACCUUAAUAACCCCUGCACCAAUGUUCUCUUAAACCUGAUUCCUCUGGACACAGAGAUAGCAAAGGUUGCACGCCGCUAGUCCAUGUUUGUGUACAGAUGUGGUUUUGCAUCACCCUGUAGAAUAAACGCAUUUCAUAAAGUCAA